AUGUGUAAUAUGGAAAGGACAAAUUAUUCCACAUUGACAGAAUUUGUCCUUCUUGGGCUUUCUGCCCACCCAAAGCUCCAGACAGUUUUCUUUGUGCUAGUUUUGUUGAUGUACCAGAUGAUCCUUCUGGGAAACGGAGUCCUUAUCUCAGUAAUCAUCUUUGAUUCUCACUUGCACACUCCCAUGUAUUUCUUCCUCUGUAAUCUUUCCUUCCUGGACAUUUGUUACACAAGCUCCUCUGUCCCACUAAUUCUUGACAACUUUCUGACGGUAAGGAAAAGGAUUUCCUUCUCUGGGUGCAUGGUUCAAAUGUUUCUCUCCUUUGCCAUGGGGGCCACAGAGUGUGUGCUUCUAGGCAUGAUGGCACUUGACCGCUAUGUAGCCAUCUGCUACCCACUGAGAUACCCUGUCAUCAUGACCAAAAAUACCUACGUGCCCAUGGCAGCUGGGUCCUGGGUCAUUGGGCUUGUUGACUCAGUGGUGCAGACAUCUCUCGCAAUGCAGUUACCAUUCUGUGCUAAUAAUGUCAUUAACCAUUUUGUCUGUGAAAUCCUGGCUAUCCUAAAAUUAGCCUGUGCUGAUAUUUCAAUCAAUGUGAUCAGCAUGGCAGGGUCAAAUCUGAUUGUUCUGGUUAUUCCACUGCUAGUAAUUUCUAUCUCUUACAUUUUUAUUGUCACCACUAUUCUGAGGAUCCCUUCCAUUGAAGGAAAAUGUAAGGCCUUCUCCACUUGCUCAGCCCACCUAACAGUAGUGAUUAUAUUCUAUGGAACCAUCUUCUUCAUGUAUGCAAAGCCCAAACCGAAAAGCUCUGUUGGUGCCAAUAAUCAAGACAUCAUUGAAGCCCUCAUCUCUCUCUUCUAUGGAGUAAUGACUCCCAUGCUCAAUCCUCUCAUCUAUAGUCUGAGGAACAAGGAUGUAAAGGCUGUUGUGAAGAACAUGCUGGGUAGAAGAAACUCUGAUGGAAUAUGA